UAGGUCAUUGUAGGGGUGGAUGGUCGACCAGCACCCAUUCUCCCCACCCCCCCAGCUGAGGGGCACACUUCCCUUCUGCCUCAGUUCCCCUCAGAAAAACGUUCAUCUUCAUAGGCCCUUCAGUUGUGGCACACCUCCCUCCCACGAUCUGGGACUUUCUGCCCCAAGUCUGGGUUAACUGGAGGGAGCACAGGGAGCCAGAGAGGGGCCACCAUGGAGGCACUUGGGUUCAACUGGACUCCAGGCACCAGCUUCCCUCUGUUCCUGAUGCAGCCACUACCACCAAAGCUGCUGCUAAUGCUGUGGCUGUUGCUGACUUUGCCAGUGAGGUCUCUGGAUGUCCCAGAGGGGCAGCAUGCUGACCAGGGAUCCCUGUCCUCCUCAGCUCCACUCCAUCAACUCCAGUGCUACUGUGUGAGACCCAAGGGGCACAUGAACUGUACCUGGGAACGCAGCUUGGACCCUGGCAUUCCUUAUAACUUCUACUACCAGAGCUUAAAGUACCACCCUCACAGGAUCCAAAAUAUCACAGUGCCCAAAGGCCAGAGUUGGAUCAUUGUGGAACGGGAGCAUCUCACUGUCUCUGAUCAGUACCGUGUAUGGCUGAGCCCAAAGGACAACACUUCCCAGCCUGGAGACCCGGAGCCACUAAACUUGUAUCUGGAUUCCAUAGUGAAGCCUGAGCCACCAGAGCUAUCUCAUGAAGUAGAGUUCUCUGAUGACCCCACAGUGGUCACUGUGACUUGGGCUGCCCCGACCUGGCCUCCCCAUGAAAAUUUCAAGUAUCAGCUUCGCUUCCGGGACAUCUCUGCUUCAAUAUGGCAAUAUGCAGAGCCUAGAGAUUUAUCAACCUCAUCCUUUCUGGAGCUUCAGGGCUUAAAGCCAGCCACGGUUUAUGAGGUAUCCUCCCGCUCCCAACUGCAAAACAAUAUGGGCUUUUGGAGUGACUGGAGCCCCACCCUGAAAUUCCAAAGCCUCCCAGCUGCCCCAACCGGCCAGGUGGACGUGUGGGUCUUUGGGUUGCCUUGCAGUGACCCACAUCCUCAAGAAGAGUCCUAUGUUUUGCUAUGGAAGGACCUCAUGCCUGGGUUGGGGCUGAGCUAUAAGGUGGUGUUCCAGGUACGAGGUGGAGACCUUCACCUUAUGGUCAAACCCUGCUGCAGUACCAUCCUUCCCAAAGACACAGAGUGGGUAUCAGUAGUGGCCUUCAAUAUUACUGGCCAGGGGCAUCCAUCCAACCUAACCCUGGCCUGUUCAGGUUCUGCUCCUAAGAGGGUCCAAGUAAACAGCAUGGGAAAUCAGGGGAUGUUGGUCACAUGGGUACCAGAGCCACAGGAACACCAGGAGUUUAUAGUGGAGUGGACCAAAGAAGAGACAUCUCUCCAGGAGCUCAACUGGACCCGUCUGCCAAAUGGGAGUCACAGCACACUGCUGAGAGGAAACUUCAAGAAAGGAGUUCCAUACCGAGUGACCGUGAGUAGUGUCUCUCUGAAGGGUCUGGCCUUUGCGACUCCAGUCUGGGGGUACAGUCAGGAAAUAGCACCACCAGAAGGGCCAGUUCUGUGGCAAAUUCCGAAUGCUGCCAGUGGGGCACUGACUGUAGCAUGGGCUGAGCUCCCCAGAGGACGACGUGGGGGACACUUCACACACUAUACCCUGUAUGUGCAGCCAGACUCUGGAGCCCUCACCCUUCUGAAUGUGAGCGCGGAUACCCUAAAUGUGACCCUAUGGGACCUGCCUGGAGGAUACUAUAAGAUGUGGGUGACAGCAUCCACUGUUGCUGGCCUGGGUCAGCCUGGCCAGCUCCUCCAACUCUUCCUCCCUGAGAAGAAUUGGAAAGAGUCGAAAAUACUGUGGAAUGUUCUGCUGUUCUGCGUUUUGUUAUUGAUGAGUUGCUGCCUGGGUUUGGUGUUCUCCAAGUGCUGCCUCUGUCAAAAGUUUCUGCCCCAUUGGGUCUCUGAAAGGAUCCCUGAUCCCUCCAAUAGCAAGAGCAUGCAGCCUUGGGGAGAGGAGCUUCCCCAGGCUCCACCUCCCAAGGACGCCCUUUUCCUAGACGUGGAAGAAGUAGAGACUCCAAUGUCCCCAACCCCCCAGCCUCCAGAGGCUCCCAUCCCACUUGACUCUGGAUAUGAGAAACACUUCCUGCCCACACCUGAAGAGCUGGGCCUUCUGACCCUGCCCAGAUCACAGACCUCCACCUGAGGAGUCCUGGACAAUGAAACUCUGUCGAGAGGGUGGAUCCAUGAUGUAGAGGAGCCAAGCCCAGGAUCAAGGCAUUGCCCUGAUUUGGGGGGCACUAAGUCUCAAAACCACAGAAGACCAAACCUGGAAGGGGCUUAGAAGUUGCUUUGUCUGCUCCAUGUCCUGUCUUACAGCAAUGGAGACUAAGGGGGCAAGGAUGAGAAUGGGAGAAGAUUUGCCCAAAGCCAUACAGCAAGUUAGAAUAAGGCCUGGGAUUCAAUUCUUGUCCCCUACCCCACCCCACCCAGUUCCUUUCUGCUCUGGGAGGAGAGCCAUGGGAAAAUCCUGCUGUGUUCCUCGGAUCAUUCUGUGGACGUGUGGAGAAGAGCACAUGAUGUCCUACAGUGGGCCAGAGAGUUUAGGGCUAGAAGGAUCCUCAGAGGUAAAAUAGUCCAACUCCCCUCCUCAUACAGAGUAGGAGGCAGAAGUGCAGAAAGAGAAGUCCCUCCCUCAAGGAUGCACAGCUCAUCAGGAGCAGAAGGAGAACUCAGCUAACACCUGAGCUCCCUGACACUAAACCCAAUGCUCUCUCUUUUGCCUUACACUCCUCGUUCAUCCUACCCACAUAUAUGAGCAGGGGAUUCAGUCAAGUCUCUCCCCUUCCCCCAAAUCUUGAGUGACCUCCCCACUGCCUAUAGGACCAAGUCUAAACCUUUCUUCCUGGCAUUCAAGGUCCUACUGUUUUGUCCCGGCUCUCUAGCUUUACCUCCCACAGACCCACUCUGUCCUCUCCAGUGCCCGACAGCCUACGUACAGCUCACCGUUCAUAUCUGAAACACACCUUCUCACCAUUUCUCUAGGUUUUGGUUCCCUCGGUUCAUUCUGCCUUUCUCCCCUGAACUCUAAACCAUUCUUUCAGACUCAGCUCAGAUGGCACUUCCUCCAGGAAGUCUUCCCUGCAGACCUGACCCCUUUCCUCCUUUGCUCUCCCUAGACUCCAUUUGUACCACUCUCACUAACACAGAUUAUAUGUUCCAUUGGCCUUGGAUUCUA